AUGUUUCGAUUCUGGGGCUCAGAUUCAAGGGGAGGCGACACAGCUGUUCAGGUUGGUCAAGCUUCGUUUGAUUUAGGCAGGUCGCCGAUACAGCCAUUUGGCUCGGAAACUACCACAGUGACGUCGCCGCCGCGGCCAGUUAAGCGGAGGAGGCCGAGCAACGUUGCGAUAACGUCGCUCAACGCUGCCCUGGUUUCUCCGGCGCUGAAGCGUCAAAAGUUAGAGGAUGGUGUUGCUUCGCCAAAGAAGGAGGAGAUAGCACCGGCGGAAGUGGAGGAAGAGCAAGUGACACAAUCACCAGCGCCCAAGAUGUCGUCCAGGUUAGAGCGCGCAAAAGAAGCCAUCGAGCUGCAAUUUAGUCAGGAAAUUUUGCUCAAACACCAAGAGCACCGUCUUAUCAACCAAGAACUGGCAAAAUGCCAGGUCGCUUUGGAACAACUGCGUCGAUGUCACCUGAUUCCAUAUCCCGUUAACGUCCCAACGCCGGAACAGAUGUUGAACGUCACUAACGGGCAAGGGCCGGCGCUUCAAGCCAAGAUGGGUGCGCAAGUGCCUCAGUGGGCGCCGCCUUUUGGUGUUACUGAUGGGCCUUAUGCUCGACACCUCGCCAAGUGGCUGAUUCCCGAUCCCAAGUUUGACGGUAUCCCGGCGCCGAUUUUAGUGCAUCCUGAGAACGUGCGAGCCAGGAAUUCCGUGGACGCUCGUCCUGGUAGGAACAGCAUCGGCGAGGUAGGAGCCGCUCAGAACAAGGGCCGGAGGAGUCGUGAAUCAGCUGGCCAGAAGCUCCAAGCGCUGCCCAGUGGAUAUACGCAACCAAAGGGCAAGGCUGGGCCCUGCAUUCUGAAACGUGCUGCCGAUGGCAAGAUGGUCAAGUUAGUCUGCGUCACAUGUCACAGAGAAGACUUCUCGAGUACCCAGGGCUUCAUCAACCAUUGCCGCAUAGCGCACAAAAAGGAGUACAAGAGUCACGAGGAAGCAGCGGUUGCCUGUGGCCAUCCUAUUGAAGUCGACGAAGCUGGUGGUGCGGUAGGUGUGCAGCCACCUGUGGUUCAUCAUACGCCCACGCCCACGCCGACUGGACCUGCUCAUCCUUUCGCCCGUGGAAAUGCGAUAAGCUACUCGGAUGCAUGCUUCUCUGUUGCCAAGCGCAUCGAGGAUUUGAUGGAGUCGAUCAGAAAUGCCAACCCCGUGAACUCGACCCCCCUGCGUCACCCGCAUGCAAAUUUCAAGUCCUCAUCGGACGCCCCUAGCUUGUCUGAAAUGGCCAGGAAGAAGGGCAUCGAUAUCAAUAUGGCUGAAUUAGUCCAUGAUGCUAGAACCAAGAUUGAUCUUGAUUCCUUGUUAGACGACGAGAUGGAUGAGAGUGAAGACGACUCCACAGAUGUCGAGGUUACUUCUGAUGACCACACUUUAGCCUUGUCUGGCAUGCGCAUGCCGGUCAGGAAACCAGUGUCUCCUGUGCCGCCUCCAGUUCUGCCUGUCGGCAUCCGCCCGACAAGCAGCUCAGGGCAUAUGCCAUACACAGCUACUAUCGCCACGCCUACGCUUCAUCUAUCAAGGCAAGAGGCCGACUCUCCGGAUGAGGACGAAAUGGGUUUGGACUUGAGCCCCAUCACAGCUGUCAGCAAUAAUGCACCUUCACUUGUUAGCGACGACGAUGAUUAUGACGAUUCGGUGGACGGCUCAUGUGAUGAGUCAGAAGUCGAUGACAACUUGGACAACGAGUCCAUGACUGAUGUGGCUGAGAUCCACUUCGACGACGAAGGGUCAAGCGCUCUUCGACACCGUCGCGGCUCGGCAAGCGGAGGCGCAGAUCCAUUGCAGCUUCGCAAGCAAGAAGAGAAGCACGUCACUUUCAUGAGCCCAGCCAGAGAGUCUCCGGCGCCAACGACGCCCAUUCACGGUGGAUUGAAGAGAAAGAACAGAAUUUGA